AUGUGGUACUUUGCAGCGGUGGCGGUCACCGCGUUUCUCGGAGGCACCAUCUACGCGUGUGUAUUUCUCUCUAUCGUCUACGAGAACGUCGGCCGUUUCCAUAUACAGAAAAAUCCGGCCCGUCCUGCGGAAAGCCGACGCACCCGGCUGCUUCGCCUACAAUUUGCGACCGUCUUUUUCUUGCAGACACUUGGCCUAUUCCUCUUCAUCAUCGGCCCGUUCGGGUUCAUCUUCCUCGUAACGAUGAUGUUCCAGUUUCGGGCGCGCAGUUACAGUCGUGGUUUGGAGCUGUUCUGGGCGUUAGGUGGCCUGGCUCCGCUCUACGUCAGCGCGCAUUCGAUAAUGAACAACCUGAUCAUCAUCCUCGUCACCAAGAGCUAUCGAGAGCACAUUUUUCGCGUAUUUCGACGAUACAAGCCGAGGAUUAUCUCGGUGGAGGUGUCAAACACUGGA